UCUCUAUUCGCAGGAAUUCACUUUGCAAGGAAUUCCUGCGAAUAGCCUCGCAAGCUCUGCGCGCAGGAAUUUCUGCAAACAGGUACUUCAUUCAAAUCCGCAGGAAUUCCUGUCGAAUUAAAACAUUAACACUAUUGGCAGGAAUAUUUAUAGAUUAGCAAAUUAUUUUAAGUCUGUCCAUAAUUACUUCAUCUCUGAUGCUUAAAAAUAAAUAAAUCGCAAAAAAAUAACAAUAAAUAAAUCGCAAAAAAAUAUUUCAUUAGGGAAAAUCACAGGUCUCAGCCCACAUGUCUCCCUCCACUAUCUCCAUAAGCUCUGUGGCAGGUGUGACACCAUGGCGACACUGGCAUUUAUGGUCAUCCCCCAUUUCGCCCAAGCCAAUCUGAAUAAUUUUGUAACAAGCAAUACACAGAGAUACCUAACCUAUCUCAGACGGAAACGACGACCCAAGCUGUAUUGCCCCUGCCUCUGCCAUGGGGCGACGAAAAACACGUCGGGACACGUUUGUUUGUCGGUGUCGAUUCAUAUUUCAAACAGCUCCCCGACUCUUAUCGCGGGGGUGCCGCUUCCGCAGAAUCCCCCUCCAAUACCAACCUACACAGUUCCGCUUCACUGUGUCUAUUGGCGUUUCUCAUCGUGAACGAUGAAGUCUUCUGAUUCAAUGUAGGUUUACCAUAAAAAUAUGAGACUCUCAAGCAGAGCCGAUAGUUGUGUAUACCGGCUAUUAUAUUUAAAUUCUGGUUAGCUGAGGGAAUGAGAAUCAGUAGGUUGGUUACUGUGGAGGCGACAGUGGCGCUCUCUACUGUGGACUGAGGGCACUGUUUUGAAAUGUGAUCUGGCCCUGUCCGUCAAGGGAACCUGCUCAGUGUCUGUCGUUCCACCAUGGCGGGGCCGGCAGAGGGAAUACGGCAAGGAGCGUAUUUUUCUUCUUACGCUGAGUUUAAAGAGGCUCUAGACAUAUAUAACAGGGAAAAAAACGUUCUUUUUACAACUGCAUCUUCAAAGGCUGUAGCCAUAGCCAACAACAAUCUGAAAGCAGGAGAGGAGCCUUACGCUGAAGCCCUCAAGUACAAAAACCUCACCUUAACAUGCAAAAGUGGAGGCUAUUAUCGACCAUCGUCAAGCAAGGGUUUACGCCCUCACCAGCGGACGAUGAAAAUAGGGUGCCCUGCACAGAUCACCUUGAAAGCUGUGAGGCAUCCAACUCAGAGACUGCAGAUUACAAUCUUAAGGGAGAAACACUCACAUUUGCAAACGGAGGAUUUUGCUGCAUUCUAUCCUGAGAAUAGACGAGUUGAUGCAGAGACUGAAACAACUGUUGACAAUAUGAUUUUAUGUGGAGCAAAGCCAAUGCACAUCAGAUCUCAUGUGAGAAGCACCACGAGAAAAAAAAUGACUCCAAAGGACUUCUCAAACCUGCAGCAAAAAAUUAAAAAGAAAAACAGGAAAGGGAAAACCGAUGAAGAGGAUCUGCUGGCUGAGUUGAACCAUCUUCUGGAGGAAGAUCCUGGAUCCUUUUACAAAAUCGGUUAUGUUGAUGAGGGAGAGAGUGAAGAAGAAGAAGAGGAUGGAGAUGAAGCUGAGAAACCUAGACCUAUUGACUUUAUAAUUUUUCAAACUUCGGAGAUGAGAGAAAAUCUGCGGCGGUUUCCAGACAUUGUUGGGAUGGACACUACUUACGAUACCAACAAGCAUAACAUGCACCUUGUAGUGAUGCAAGUGGUAGAUAAUCAUGGGAAUGGGAGAAUUGUGGCUUAUGUUCUUGUUCGGAGAGAGACGAAGGAUAUUAUUGAAGCAAGCAUAGCAACCUUCGCCAAGGCUAAUGAGGAUGUGAUGCCACAUGUGAAAACAGUGUUAGUGGACAAAGAUUACAAAGAAAUUGGAGGCAUUAAAAAGGUCCUUCCACAUGUUCAUGUGCAUCUUUGUCACACACAUGUCUUGAGAAUCUUUGAGAGAAAAACUAAGAAGGAGGAUAAUGGUCCAGAAAUUUUCAAGAUUGUGAAGCAGAUGAGUGUCUGUCAAAGCAAAGAAGAAUUUUUAGAACUGUAUUCAAAACUACAAACUGUAGCAUCAGAGAACUUUAUGACCCAGUACUUUGACAAAUUCUGGAAAGAUAUUGACUCAGCCUGGAUAUUGUAUGUCAGGAAUGCCUCUCUGUCACUUGGCAUCAGAUCAAAUCAACAUGUGGAAUCUCACAAUGGCAAGAUUAAAUCUGUAAUCAACAGGACACAAACAGUUGCUGAUCUCAUUAGACAGUUGCUGAGACUGCACAAGUCUAGGGAGUUUGAUAGUGCAUACAAAGACUUCAGAGAGAUGGCAUCUAAGGCCUACAUUGCGCACAACCGAGAUCCUGAUGUUCAACUCAUCCUCGAUUCCCUCUCGGAUUGGGGAGGCAGGUUAUUAGUUAGUGAACUGAAAAAGAGUGCUUCCCCAGACUAUGUCCAAGGUCCUGACAUUGUAACCGAGGAUGAAAACUUGUGCUCUUGCAAUUUCUACAAGAUGUUUGGCAUGAAACAUUGCGCUCACAUCUUUUUUCAAAGACGUAAUUCAGGACAUGAGUUGUUUGUGGUAGCUGAUGUACCAUUAAGGUGGCUAAAGACUGACAACAGAAACCAAGACCCUGACGAAGAUGAAAGUCCAGUUAGAGAACUUCAAAAUGGGGGUCAAGUUAGGGUCUCUAUGAGGCGCCACCCAUUAGGACCACGACCUAUGGACAAAGCAGCUAAGUACAAAAAAGCUCUUGAAGUGUGCACUGAAAUCUCCAGUUUGCUGUCUCUGACUGGUGGACAGCAAUUUGAGCAACGAAUGGAGGCUUUGGAGAAUAUUUUGAAGCUGUGGAUGAGCAAGAGGGAAUGCAUAGUUCUACCCAUCUCAGCCAAUGGUGUAAUUGAUAUGGAAUUCAUUCAAAAUUCUGAAACACAUAAUGUUGAACCCACUGCUAGUGACAGAACAACAGAGGAAGUUCACAUUUCAUCAAAUACAGAAACUUCAGGCACUCAUAAUUUGAGAGAUGAUUUGGGAGCCCAAAAGUGUCCCCCAGAUAUAUACAUGGUAACCUGCAAGAAUUGCGAAGUAGCAAUACCCCGGAAGAUUGUUAAGAAACAGGGAAGCAGGAACUAUAAACGUUUCUAUUAUGUCUGCCGGUGCCAUCCUACAGCCCCAUUUUAUCGGUGGGAAAAAUGUUUCCAUUGCAAUGCAGUAGAUGUUAGAGAGGGACAUUAUCAAGAGGAUGCAAUCCCACACUCCCAAAAUGGUCCCGGUGAAAAUACAUCAUCUCCUAACAUUUUUGGAAAUAGAUCACCACUCAAUAAUUCUGCUAACAGUGGUGGUGAAAUUGGGCCUUCAAACAAUGAUCAAGAAAAGACUCUUGCCGAACUCGUGUCAGAUUAUGAAAUAAAAAGCAGAGCAUCAUCAGCAAGGAUGCAACCACCUGGCAGUCCUGAUAUGUUUGGGCCCUCAGAUCCCGAGUCAGAUGGAAGCUUCCACAUGUCCUCAAGACGCUCUCCUGAAUUACACGAGACCCACUCUCAUAUCUCGGACUCACCAACUGAGAAUAUUCCUGGCAAUAGUAGUCCUGAUGAAAAUGUGUCACUAUCACUACCUAGUUGUGAUGAAUUUGUAUUCACUACUAAUUCUGCCAAUAAUGACCCUGAAUAUGUGUUAAUUCAAAAGCAAAUAAGUGAAGGGAAAACUCUUUCCCAACUUCUAGCUGAUUUUGACAGGAGAAAUCCUCCAAAGAGGAAUGAUCAAAGAGGACAAGAGACUGCUACUGAUGAAUCAGAUGGGUCACCUAUACACACAUCUAUUAGGCGCUCCCAAGAAUUGACUUCACCAACCAACACUGUGUCAGAGCCUGAUGAAGAUUCAGAUGGAUUAUCCAUACAUACAUCUUUAAGGCGCUCCCAAGAAUUGACGUCACCAACCAACACUGUAGUACAGCCUGAUGAAGAUUCAGAUGGAUUAUCCAUACAUACAUCUUUGAGGCGCUCCCAAGAACUGACUUCACCAACCAACUCUGUGCAUGAUCAAGAUUUGGAUGGGUUAUCCAUACAUUCACCUUCAAGGCGCUCCCAAGAAUUGACUUCACCAACCAACUCUGGGGCAAACAAGGAGCAGGAGCCAGGUUCUGAAAAAAAUUCUGGUGGGUCCAUUCAUAAAUUUAAAAGGAACCCUCAAGGAAUGACUCCAUCAACCAAUUCUGCAGCAAACAAGAUUUUGCAGCAUCAGCCCUCCUUCGCUCUCCCUCAGACAAACCAAGGACCUCUGAAACCUCUGGAUAAAAGCGCCCAGGAAGCUCGUAGAAAAAAGGGUAAAGAAAUUCCUGAUGCAAAUGUCAAAGAGCAUUCCCACAAUUCUUGGAUUGUAGUUUCAAGUACCGAUCAGGAUCAAUCCUAUAAAGUCAUCGAGAAGCAGCAAUUGUGCAAAAUAAGUGCAUGUGCUGAGCCUCCAUGCAGCCACAUGUUCAGCUGCUCAUGUCAGGACUUCCGAUACAGAAAGGCUCCAUGUAAACAUAUUUAUAAAAUUUAUGAGGUCGUCAAGCAGAAUGAAGAAAAUAAUGCAAACUCUAGGAGAAUAGUGAUCAGGGAUGUGUCUAAAUUGUCUAGUCUUGUAUUGCCGAGUCAUAAUGUGAGUGGAAAUCCUCGGAUCAAGAAACCAGAGAAAAAAGGUGGAUCAACUCGACAACCUAGACUACUCAAUGAAUGUGGUGCUUGUAACAAAAUUAUUCAGCAGGGUGCGCUUAUUUCGACUUGCUCACUGUGCAAGAAGGUAGUGCAUCAGGACACAGAAUGCUCCAUUCCAAGUGUCUCAGGUGUGAUGGUUGAUGAGGAUGUAAGAGUUUGUAGGCGCUGUCUUUGUGAGAGGUGCAAGAAACCCAAAACGAAGAACCAUCUGUGCCAGUGUCAUACCUGCCACAGAGCUAUUCGAGACAGUGACGACAGCUCUGAAUGUAACAACUGCCGCCAAUACAGCCACAAUAGGUGCAUCUCACAUAAAAACGCUUUUUGUGACCCUUGCAACUACAUUCGAGUUACUGGAUGGGGCCGUAACGACACAAGGUUGCUGCUUAAUGGAGCCAUGCUCACUGAUGUUCAUAUCAUUGCAGCUAUAAGAAUGCUGCAGGAUCAGUUUCCAGAUGUGGAUGGGCUGCAACCUCCUAUAGCACAGGAGAAGGAUAUUACUACGAAUGUAAUUCAGUAUCCUAAAAGACGUCCAGGAAGUGACUAUGUCCAAAUUAUAUCAAAUGGCCAUAUGCAUUGGCUCACUUGUAUAAUUUUGAAGGGUCCUCACGGCAAAGCAACAGUCCUGGACACUCUGAACAAUUUUUCUCUGUCAAGUUUUGCAGAGCAGCAAGUUGCUCUCAUGAUGCACACUGACCAUACAGAAUUUAAAGUAUAUUUCCCCCACUGUCAGGACCAAGGAGCCACUAUGGAUUGUGGGCCACUAGCUAUUGCUCUGUCCACUGAAUUUUGCUUCACCAGGGAGAUAAAGGAGACUACUUUUGAUACUGACAGAUUAAGGCCACAUUUUCUACAGUGCAUGCAAAGAGGUAGGAUGGAAAGAUUUCCUCAGCGGGGAGAGCCACCAAAGCUGAAGAAAGGAAGCUCCAGCAAGUGGUCAUUCGUGAAGGUCUACUGCAAGUGUCGCCUUCCAGACCACUUCGACAAAAUGUUGGUGAAGUGCAGCACCUGCCGCAUGUACUACCACAUGAAAUGUGAAGGCCUCACUAAAAAUCCAAGCAAAAGACAUUGGAGUUGCAGCAAAUGCUGCUAAGUCCAUCGGUCUUCUCCACAGUGGAAAUGGUGUAGUGUUUUACAUAUGCCUCUGUGCCUUCUCUAUUUCAAGGGUUACCAAAACAUUACUACAUUAUCAUAUCUUUGUGGUCUUAUAUACUUUUAUAUACUAGUCUUAUAAUUUCUUUGUUAUUUAGCUUUAUUCAAUUCCUAACUCUCAUUAAUCACAGGUGUGCUCUUAAAUAUUUCCUGAAGAAGAAAAAGCAAAACUUCUGCUCUGAUAAAAAAAUAUACGUAAGCAAUUUUCCCAGUGAGCACAAUUUCUUAAGACUGGUUGAGAUCAAGUUGUCAUUUCUUGAACGCAGAAUAUUAUUUUCAUGGGUAAAUUAUAGCAAUGUAUCAGGAAAAAUGCUGUAAAGUGCCUUAAUAUCAAAGUAUUUUUACUGCUCGAAAACACCUAAGAGUUUUAGACUAGUGAUUUAGUCAGGGUUCUUGUUCUUGUUAUGUUGUUGGGAAGACUAUAAACAGUUCCUCUCAAGAUAAAAUUUUGUGAUCUUUAUUAAGGAAUAAGGAAUUUUAUUGUGAUAUGUCCGUGUAUUGAAGUAGAGCAUAAAUGCCUGAACUUAUUGAAGCUGUAUUGUAGUUGUAGGUGUGUCUCUUGUAAUUAUUUAUGAGUAUUUACAGCCACAAUUUUGCAAAACAAGCUUGCAAAACGGUUGAAUUUCCGUGUACUUCCAAUGGUGGUCUGUAGGCAUCUUAUUGUCAUUAUCCUCUAAUUUAAAUGUGUAAUCUUGUGACAUAUUGCUGACGAGUUCAAUAAAUGUAUAUUAUGGGAUGCAUUAAUAUAGUUAUUGACAGAUACCUAGAACUCAGCCAAAAGAACCAAAAUAAAUAUAUACUUAGAUGGCCAUUUGAUGUGCAUAGUACUUGAAAUGGGCCAAAGUUCCUGGGAAUAACAUAUUAUUUGUGAAUCCGCAAGAAUUCUUGUUUAUAGCACUUUUAAUGGAAAUAUGCAGGAAUUUUUGUAAAUAGCAUCUCUUAUAAAAAUGCGCAGGAAUUCCUGCAUUUUUGAUUCACGCAAUCUAUUGGCAGGAACAUAUUUAUUUCUUGAACAAUCCCUGCAAAUAGUCAGAAGCCGAGACAAUCGCAGGAAUCCCUUCCUGUCGAUAGCCAACACACUCCAUAAAGGCAGGAACUCCUUCCGGCGAAUAGCCGAA